UAUUAAUUAGACACAUUUAAAUCUUUACAAAAUUAAACCCCACAUACAUAUUAACAAUAUUUCCCUUAAUUGAAAAGGAAACUCUACGAAAUAAGAAAAUAGAAUAAAACCUUGAUGACGCAUAUAAGAACCAAACUCGCAUAAUUAAUCAUCAAGCAGCCCAGUUUCUUUCUUCUCUUCUUUUCUUCUGCUAAAAAGAAUGUUAAAACUCAAAUCUCUCAUAAUCGGAAAAGUCAAAGACAAAGCUUCAAUAUGCAAAGCUAGAUUGUUCCAUAGUUUCAGUUCGCGAGCGGUCACAUAUAUCCACUUAGCCCUUUUGAAGUCAACAACUCAUACUUCUCAUAAGCCACCCGAUAGCAACUAUAUCUCCGACGUUGUCUCUUACUCCAACAGUCCUUAUGGCCCGGCAGCUUUCUCUGCGGUUAUGUGGAGGUUACACGUUACAAAGAAUGCUUUUGUGGCCAUCAAGUCUCUCAUAGUCUUCCACGAACUUAUCAAAUCAUCGAAAGAUAAGUUUGAAGGAUUAGAUCGUGGUAGGAACAGUCUAAAACUGAAUGAUUUUUCAGACACAACUUCUGAUCUCACAAUAGAAUUAUCACGAUGGGUUAUAUGGUAUGGACUAUAUUUGGAUAGUCUCUCGUGGAUUUCUAAGGUAUUAGGGUCUUUUCCAAAUUUAACGGAGAGCUCAAAAGAGAAAUCUAAAGAAAAAGAUUGUGUUUCAUCUUACCAAACCGGAUACAUAAUGAGACAGACUGAAUCUCUUGUGACUUUCUUCCAGCAUAUAUGUACUAGACCGGAUACCCCACCUUUGUUCCAAAACAAGAUCGUGGACGAGAUCAGAGAGCUCGUGAUUCAGGACUACUUUACGGCUGUAAUAUUGGUUAUGGUACGUCUUCAAGUCUUGAGUGAAAGAUUGAUCAAACCGGGUAUCCAACAUGUUGGUGAUUCAAGUAUGCACGAUCUGAGGUUGGUUGUGAUGAGACUUGAUGAAUGCAAGGAGAGUUUGAGCGGGUUUUUUUGGCGUUACAGACGUUUGGCAGAAGAUUUCUGGUGUUUGGUUGAAAUAUUGAAGGCAGAUAUAUUAUUACAUGACAAUAAGAAGAUGGUUGAAUUACCUGGUUUAGUUCAGACCACGGUUAAGGACGAUGAGGAGAUGGUUGAACCAGCAAGUUCGGUUGAGACGGAAUGGGUAACAUUCGAGGACUCUGAGACAACAACGAACGAGUUGUUAGAAUGGGAUUCUGAGUGGGUAAAGUUUGACUCCAGUGCUUUGACGAGUGAACCGGUCCAGUUAAGCCUACUUACGUAAGGUUUGACAGUUGAUUGGCUCGGUUAGGUGAGAAAUUAUCCAGUUUACACUGGCAGGUUUGGCAUCUCACUACGUACAACACUACCAACUUCAACGGUCGAAUUUGGUUUGUCUUGGAAUGGGAUCUGUCAAUUUUUAAUAAUGCUUAAUUCUUUCUCACAAAGACAAGUGUGUAUAAGUGAUUCAUUAUGUAAAGAACUUAAGAAAUUAAUGAAAGUGAACGUGUGCUUAAUUUCCUAUUCUUCUAUAUAACAUUCAUAAGGAAAACAAAUCGGUCAUUACGCCAGUUUCGGCCAUUUCAAAUUUUCAAUCAUUUGUUUAACUAGUUGCAUAAUCUCCGCGCAAGCGCGGGGUCGG